CGUGGCUGCCAGUGGUUUUCUUGCGAUGGCGUUCUAGUAGUAGUUUAUUCCCCCAACUUCUUCGUACUGGAGCCGCCAUGCCGCAUUCCUCUCAAGGGAUCGCUUCGCCGUCCGAAUCCCAAUCCUUGUCGCCCGCCGUCGAGCCGUGGUCCGCAGAAGAGGACGCGGUUCUGCUGCGCCAUGCGCUGCAUUGCGGCACGAGGAAGUGGGGAGAGUUGGGGAGGAGCGGUCAGCUGAAGAGAAACAACAAGUCGUGCUGUAACCGUUACAUCUUCCUCAGGAGGAAGUUUGUGCAAGGCUUUCAGGAGAACCUUCUGAGAGAACACUUGGCAGGCACUGCAUUCCCCCAACACAUAGCCUUGGAGGCGCACAGCCGGUUGCUGCUGGGGCGUGAUGACCAGCAGCAGCAGCAGCAGCAGCAGCAGCAGCAGCAGCAGCAGCAGCAGCAGCAGCAGCAGCAGCAGCAGGCUGGCGUGGGCUCAACAGGGUCGCCAUCACCUGCUCUUACUUUCGGCGGGCUGUCGUUUGAUGAGUGCAGGAGCGUCUUCCUCUCACCCAAUGCCCGCCGCCCUACAGCCCAGGCGAGCCUCAUGUCUGCCUUCAGCGCUGCUGCUGCUUCCCAUGGGGCUGCUCACUCCACAGCACAAGCAGACCCCUCAUCUGUCUUCAUCCCUGACAUUGCUUCCCAUGCCGCUGCUUUCUCCACUGCUGCUGCUGUCCCAGUUGCUCCCACCUCCACUGCUGCUGCUGUCUCCAGUGCCACUGCUUUCACCUCCACUGCUGCGGCUGCUGCUGUUUCCAGUGCUCCUUUCCCCAAUGCCGCUGCAGUCUCCAGUGCUGGGUUGAUCAAUGCAGCGUUCCCUAAUGCUGCUGCUGCUGCUGCUGCUGCCCUCAAGCUGCCCAUGAAGCGAGCAAGGGAGGACUGCGGCGGGCUAAGGGUGGACCCAUCUCUGUUGGGUCUGGCUGGGAUUGGGUGGGCCCGCCGCACGCUGCGCCACUCGCAGUCCUUAGACGGCCGUUUCCUGCAGCAGGGCGGGGAGAGGAGCCAUGUGCACGAGGCGGUGUGGCCUCGCGUGGCGUCGGAGAGCGCCCUUCCAGACGAUGUGCUGCUGGGAUCCAGAAGUGAGGACCCUCACUUUAGCGUGCCGCAUCCGCCGCUGCCAGCACCACUGCUAGCACCACUGCCAGCACAACUGCCAGCCCCUCUCUCCACGCAGCCACAGGCAACACUGCCAGCCCCUCUGCUCAACCCACUCGCAGCUCUGUCUGGUUCUGUUCCUGGGACUAUAUGCAGCUGCUUUGGAGGGCCGCUAUCCUUUGAGAAUGGCUCUGUGGGACAGGAGCUGGUUCCGUCCAUGGGCCCAUGCAGCAUGGCGCCAGAGAUCGACCCUGUGUCUCUUGACGCGCCUGAGGCUCAUCUGUGCCUGCCUGCGCCUGCCUCCGCCCAACUACAGGCGGCACUGCCAGCGUCUCUGCCCACCCAACUCGCGUCUCUGGCUGGUUCUGUUCCCGGGGAUAUUAGCAGCUGCUUAGGAGGGGCGCUCUUCUUUGAGAAUGACUCUGCGGGACAGGAGCUGGUUCCGUCCAAGGGCUCAUGCAGCGCGGUGCAUGACACAGACCCUCUGCUUCUCUACGCGCCUACCUCUCACCUGUGUCUGGCUGAGUGCACUCCCCAUGUGCGCUUGGCGAGUGCGCCUCAGGGACAGCCACUGGCAGCCUGCCUUCCCGAACCAGUGUUGCCAGAGUGGUUGCUGGAACAAGGGGGGACGGGGGUGGGGAAUGUUCAGGUGCACAGGCAUGAACACCCGGUGGGACAAGGAGUGAGUGUGGAAGGAGUGAGUCCACCGCAGAGGUGCCAGCAGCAGCAGCUGAAAGGUCAUCAGCGUCUGGAGCUCGCGCGCAUUCCCUCGCUGCUGUCACACCUUCCACUGCCAGAGCCACUGCCAGAGCCACUGCCACAACCACAACCACUGCCGCUGCCACUGCCACAGCCACUGCCAGAGCCACUGCCACAACCACAACCACUGCCACUGCCACUGCCACUGCCACAACCACUGCAAGAGCCAGUGCCACAACCACAACCACUGCCACUACCAUGGCCACUGCCACGGCCACAACCACUGCCAGAGCCACUGCCUCUAGAACAGGCAUUGGCAAUGGCACCGUCACAGGCGUUCGCGCUCGCGCCGUCACAGGCGCUUCUCCUGUCUGCUCUUUCCCAACAGCCACUGGCCCUUGGCGCAACCAGUACUAACCCUCCAGGCGCACAGUACAUGCCCUCAAUCCCCAGGGGCUCACACAUACGACCAGGCCCUGCCUUGCUGCAGACGCCAUGAAUCCCUUCACCAUACCGCAUGCCUGCUGCCCCGUCGCACUUACAACCAUGCCCUGCCUUUCCGUGGGAGUCCCAUACCUUUACCAGAUCUCAUGAGCCCGGUGCCAGUUCCUUUGCCCAGCACGGCUGAUGAUGCUCCUGGAGGUGAUGGGGCUUCUUUGCAUGCCAUGAUUGCUCCUGGCAUCGACCCAAACAUGCUCGCCUCAACUAACUUAUUUGAGCUUGGAGGAACAACUAUCGUGAAGCCCGGGAGUGGUCACUGGGAUGGGAGCAUGAUUGUCCAUAGCAGAACAUUGCAUGUACCCUUUGGCUUUCCAGAUAUAGCCAUGAUUUAACCUAGGAUGCCACAGUCUGCUCACAUACCCCAGAUUCAUCAGGGUAUUUCAGGGUGGUGAAAUGACUGAUGUUGCUGUCAAAUCUGCCAGUGCAA